CCGAUUACCCUUGCAAAGCACUGCUCAGGCAGUGCAGGCAAGUUAAACUAGCUAACCACGUCAAUCGUAUCCGUGCCCUCACUGGCUGAUAUAUUGAAUGUACCAGCUAGCAUAUCAAUAGACGGGGAUAGCCCCUGAUUGGUUCUUGCUAAUCGCAUCAAAUCUAACUGUUAUAUGUAAUACCUUCAGAUAAUUUUCCUGAAGGUCCUAAACUUGUGGCCCAAUGAAUUAAGAAAUUAGAAUUAAGAGCCAAAAUAAGGACGUCGUUGCAUCACUGCCACGCCACCACAUCCUGGAAGGUAGCUGGCCAACGUUAGUUAGCAACAAAAAGUAGAACUGCAUCCGUAACAGAAGAGCCAAUGUAAGCAAAUGUUAGAUGAGCAUCUACCGUCUGAAAAAGCUAAAGCUGCAUUGAAAGUGGCCAUCAAAAGGCUGGGAAGCCCCACACCAACACAACUGGUUCUGCACUAAACCCAGCUGCAGCGCUUCCGUGGUAGCUGUCUGUUUACUGGGCACUGACGCAAAUUCCACGGACCAAAACUUGCAUCCAUUGGACUGGGAGGCGCCACAAUGACGGAAUCUAACUCUAACAAAGCAGCACAAGAUUUAACCGAGUUCAUGGAAAAAAAGAUGCAAAACCUUCAGACUACAUUUCAAGCCACGUCUGAUCAGUUAGUGUCAAGAAUGGAUGAAAUGGGAACUCGCAUUGACAACCUGGAGAAGAAUGUUGCUGAUCUCAUGACACAGGCUGGGAUGGAGAAGCCUCAAACAUCAAAAUGACUUUAAGCAGACACGAUGAAUGACAAUGCCACAGUACCACAUUUGCAAAUAACAUGGUCUGAACCGGUGCAGCAUUCUUUGUGGAACCAAGGAGAAAAUAAUUCAGCUCAUCAGUUUAAACUCUUCAUUAAGGCUGCACCUUUGCUAGGACUGAGUCAAAAUCUAUGCAUUUUGUAUGGAAAAAGCCCCUGCCCCAUACUGAAGUCACUUUAUGAAACAAUUAAAAAUAAAUUAAUAAUCAUUUAAUCAUUUCAAAACACAUACUUAGUAUGGUUCUUGAUGGGUUUCAUUGUAAAAAUCAGAAUGUGCACUUUUAUAUACACCAAAGAAGAACUAGUUAAGUGUCAAAAUUAUACAUAAUUUCAGUAUGAAAAUGGCGGUUUAUUGUUGAUGAUGCAGAACUGUAACAUAAUGGUCAAACAGAUCUUUAUAAACAACUAAAAUUGCAGCAGUACCUAACACACACACACACACACACACACACACACACACACACACACACACACACACACACACACACACACACACACACACACACACACGUUCAUUCAUGCUUUGAAAACGUUCCAAAGUCAAUGGCAAAAUGCAUUAUGAAGAAAACUAAAAACAAUCCUGCUUCUUCAAAGUUCAACAUCCAAGGCAAAUUGUCUCAAGCAUGGAUACUUCCAAGCACCAUAUCAAACAAGGUGAUGGUGGGAAUUAAUAUCUGUAUUUCGUUGAGUAGUCUUUUGGAGACACGACCAGACCUCUUCCUUUUCGUGCUCCCCUGUAUACAGUCUCCACAAUAUCAAUCAUUUCCUGCUUGUCCUCCAUUGUCCAGUUUAUCUUGUUGUUAUUACCUGUGCCCAAGUCAAUCAUGAUGUGUUUGUUCCUG